AUGUCUACUGUUGAAAUUAUCGGUACACGAAAAACACUUUGUUGCAUUACUAAAAACAAUAAAUCUAUUUUCAAAGUUACCGCAGGAGUAGAAAAUGAUAUUUACGAUCUUAAAGAAAUUAUUGCAGAAUUAAUUCCUAACGUAAAAGCUAUAUGUCUUGUGCUUUGGAGAACUAAUCUCGAAAAUAUAGAAAUAUUUCUCUUGAUGAAAUUGGAUUAUCAGUUAACACCG